AUGAAAUUAAAUAUUUCAGGAACAUCUAUUAACACGAAAUCCUCCCUCAACACCAAAAAAGACCAGGAUAUUAGGAAUCUGAAAUAGAAUGACGACCAUCUAUUUUUUGAUCUAACAGAAUUUUAAACAUCUGAUUCAAACACACCAUUAAGUAUUUAACUGAAAGACACUACCUUAACCAAUCAAUAACAAAAUAAACAUUUCUUCCCCUCCAAACCUAUUUUAUCAGAAAACAAACUGCCUCCCCUGAAUUCCAGGUACCAUUUAGUGUAAGAAAUCUCAAGAGAACAAAUUAUAAAAAAGAAACUCUUCAAAGAAAACUAUUCAGUCAUAUCGUUCCCCUCCACACAAUCCUUGUAAAAAAGUCAAUCAAUCGAUUAUUAGAAACUAGGAUAAGAAAUAGUCACUGCUCCAAAUUCUCAAGAUUAUUACAGAUUUUAUAAGCAUUCAAAAAAGUGUAUGGACAUCCAAUCAUUCAAUGAAACUCCAAAUAACAUUUAUGUAAAUCUGAAUAAAGCUAUGGAAUAACAAUAAUGUAUGCCAAGAAAAAUGCAAAUUAUAGACAAUCACAAUAAAAAAGAUAUUUGUGUAGCUGGUCAAUUGAGUAGUCCAUAAUAUAUUAAGAUGUUUGCUGCAGGACUAGGAUCAACAACAUUCAACCAAUUAGAAAAACUUAGUUUGAGUUCGAACAAUCUUAAUAACGAUGAUUUGGAAACCAUUUUGGAUCAAUUACCAAAGUCCGUUUAAAGUUUGGAUUUAAAAAAUAAUAAAAUCUCCAAAAAUGGAUGCUUGUUUUUGUAGAAGUUGCUAAUUAGACAACACUAAUUCGUCAUUGAACUUAACUUAGAGAACAAUCAAAUUGGAGACUAAGGCUUAAAGUACUUAAUUGAUUCAUUGCAAAAUAACAAAUGUCUAAGAAUCCUUAAUUUAUCUCAUAAUUAAAUCUAAGAUCAAGUUAUGGAGCCAUUUGGGAAAAUGAUGAAAAAAGUAUUCAAUAUAUUUAAUAAUAGAAUAAUAUCAUUUAGGAAUUGUAUUUACAUUACAAUAAAAUAACAUUUAAAGGUGGCAUAUUCUUAUUCAAAGGCUUAAGUAAGAAUGCUGUGUUGAAAGUCUUGGAUGUUUCAUUUAACAAGUUAGGAGGCAAUAAGGAUUGCACUAAUGAAAUAUGUAAUUUGAUUGCCAGACCUCAUCCUGAAUUGAUCCACUUGGAUUUAUCACAUAAUGAUUUCAAAGCCAACGAUUCUUAGAAAAUAGCAAAUGAAUUAGAGUUCAAUAAAAUCAUUUAUGGAUUUCAUUUUGAAGGCAAUUCAAAUUAUCAAAUAAAUCAUAAAGGAUAUCUUAAAGAAUAAAAAAAUAAAAAAAUAGUUACUGAAUCACAAUAAGAUGACAUCAAUAUAGAAGAACAGGAUAAAAAACAGCUUGAAAUAUAAAUGUAAUAGAUUGAGUAGCAAACUCAAAAGAAAAAGAAUGAAUUCAUUAGAAUUUAGAGUGUAGAUAUAGUCAAUUUAUAGUUGGAGAAUUGCUGGAUUUGUUAAGGUUGGAUUGAAGUUCUUUUUCAAUGGAAACCACAUAAAUCAGGACUCUUAGACGAAGAUCCAAUAUUCAUCCAUCUUGAAUUUGAAGAUUAUUAACCAUCACUUAUGUAAAAAUCCUCUGAAGGCAACUUUAAUCUAUAUAGAAUGUGUCCACCCAAUCAAACAAUCAGAUAUUUUUUCAGCAAUCCAGUAUAAAAUGUCUAGGUUUAUGCUAAGGAUUAAAAGACUAUUUAAACAUAGACACAUUCUCAAUUGAGGAAUUUUGGAGUACAGAUGGAAUAUUCUAAUGGCAAAUUAUUAUAAAGUUAACCGUUGCACACAGUUAAUAUGAUUCAUACAUAACAGUCAGCUCCCAUAUUUGAUAAAAAGAAACAUUAUUUAGCAAACAUUCAAUGUAAACCAAGAGAAUCUGAGAAAAUCGUUGAAUUUGAUGUAGAAUUGGCUAAGAAGAGAAAAUGGACUUUAGAUAACUCAAUUUUCAAGGAUUUUGAUGAAGAUACAGAAGUGCAUUUAGAAUAAUGCUUGGAAGCUGAUCUAGAAAACAGUAAAAUAAUUAGACAUCUAAUCAACCAUAAUGAAAUUAACCCUUUGAAAGUAUAUUCUGUUUAUUUAUUAUAGGAAUAAUUAAAGAAGUAUUAUAAAUACAUCAUUUCAUGUUAUAAAUAUUUAGCCUCCUAGUAAUGCGAAACUGAUUUUCCAAGAAUAAAUAUUUAAACAAUCUAAGGUUUUUAUUAUUAAUCUAAAAAUAAUCAACUUAUUAAAUAAGUAGACUGGGAAAUCUGUUUAAUUAGUACUAUAGUGAUCAAAGACUUUAAAUCUUAAUUUAUUCAAGAAAGAGCAUUAGUUAGACAUCAAUUUUUAGAGUUAUUAAUAAGAUUAGCAAAGGAAACCUAUGUUAAAUAAGGAAAUUGCUCAAGCAUAGCUCAAGGAUUUGAGAAGAUGAUGUAAGCUUAAACUGGAUAAUUUGGGUUUAUUUUAGAUUAUGGUUGUGCUCAAUAAUGGAGAGAUGAAAGAUAUUGGACAUAAAUUAUGGAUAUGACAAUUAGAUUAAAAUUGCCAUUUCUAAAAUAACUAUUUUCAUAUACAUCAAACUUUUCAAAUAAGCCAUAUGCUAAGGAGAAAUUUAUUUCCUUCUAAGAUUUAAAGGUAUUGCUCCAAAAUUCUGAUUUCUACCCUAACUUAAUAAAUGAAUAACAACUCUAUUUUAUUUAUUUACAAUCAAUCAUGAUGCAAGUAGAUGAAAUUACUUAAAAGAGACACUUUGAAAUGCAAUUUAUUGAGUUUAUAGAAGCUUUAGCUAGAAUUGCAGAGUUCAUAUCUCCAAAUUCAAAUAAUUAUUAGAUUAAAUAGUUAAAUGCCAAAUAAAGAAGAACUUUACCAUUGUAUAUAAAGUUUGAAGGUAAAAUUAUAUAUAAAUAUGAAAGGUUUAUUGUAUAUUUUGUUCUAUAGAAUUAAAAGAUUUGAUGUAGAUAUAAAUGUAAUUGAAAAAAGUGUCAUUAAGAGUCAUGAGAUUAAACGAUUAGGAAUCUUUAUUGAAGAUAAUUAUAGCAGCAGUAGCAGUGGAGAGGAAGAUAAUGAAGUCUCAAAUUUAAGAUUAUCGUUUACAGAUCCAUAGAACAUUAUUAACAGAAUGCUUUAUGAUGAUGAAUGCAGAAUGAGCUUUAAAGAUACGAUUAGUAACUAAAGUAGUGGGAAGAAGAGAAAGAAUUCUCUUUAAAAAUAAGACUCUAUCACUCUAAAACGAAGUGUGCUUAGAAGAAAUACAUUUUAAAAUUAAUUGCAAUAGAUAAAAAUUGCUCAACUUGAAAAUGAAAUGGCUGAAUUAGCUGAAUAUGAAGACAGUACUCCUUUGAAUAAACUAAGAAUUCAAAAUCGCAAGGUUACAAGAUCGAAAUAUGACAUUGUCCUUUGA